AUGGAUUUUAACCCUAGCGCCGCUCUCUUCCCUUCGGAUCCUUUUCUAAUGGAUGGCCGAACGAGUUUCCAACCGCGUACCGAUCGGUCAGGAGACGAACCGAGUUGCAUCCGAACUCUCUCACGUCUACGUUUGAUUUUGAUCUUCCUUUUCAUACUUGCAUUCAUAGAAAACAUACUUCAUAUCAUCUACUACCUCCUGUUCGAUAAGAACUCCACAAUGUGCAGAAAGGUUGAAUUGGCUUUUGGGAACUCUGUUUGCGUCACUCCUCACUUACCAAUCGACCACCACAGUUCAUUUGCAUCCGCCAUUCUAGCACUUUUUCAUUUCAUGAUUGCUUUAAUGGCACUGGGAAUCGCUACAUCAUACGACGGCACAAUAUCUGAAUUAGUGAGCAGCACCGAUCCGGAGCUUCUCGUUAUACAUCACAGAAUGAGCGAGGAAGGCUUCGUCAAAAUUGAAGCCUCGGGCCUCAAUCAGCAGGAGAUCGUUGAGACCAACAUCGCCAAGUCGGUCGUUGAGGAUAUAACGAAGCUUCCAGAAGGGACGAAGUUCAAGACGAGCAGCGAUAAGACCUUCAACAUGGAAUACUACAUGGAAAAUGGAGUGUUCGUCGGCACAAGGACGGAAAAGACAAACAAGACGAUCAACAUUCGGGCACCGACACGACCUCCGCGAAGAAGGGAGUCAUCUCCAAAGGUUCGUUUUCGGUUGGACUAUCGAACUCUCUUAGCUUGCAAGUACGUCGGAGACCUCGCGUCCAUCGCGUAUCAACAGAAACUCCAUCAAGCGGCAGGAUGCGCGCAGUUUCGAGACCACAUUUACGCGCAAAUGAAGUUUUGUUUCAAGUCAUAUCGCCUUCAUGCCGAUCGACGACGACCUGCUUUUCUGGAAAUACAAAUGUGUUAUUUCAGUAAUUGA